UAUGUGACAUUUGAGAGCGCGUUUGGAUCGCUGUUCUGGCGCUGGAACAGAAUCGCGCUGUUCCGUUUCUGCUGAAACAGAUGCAAACGUCUGACUCACGGUUCGGUCGUGUUCCCGGAACAGGGACGGAACAGCGCUCGACGUCCGCAACUCCGCUUCCUAGUCCUUGUACUGUUCUCUCUCCCUCUGCUGCUGCUAUUUCUCCCUCUCCUGCUCUCCAUCCCUGCUCUUCUCGCGCCCUCUCCAUCUGCUCUCUCGAGUUCUCAACCGUCGCCCGAAACGCUCUCCCUCUCUCGAUUUCCCCUGCUCCCUAUCGAUUGUUCCAUCGCUCUCCCCUGCUGCAACUCUCACGCCUUCUCCGAUUGUGAGCCUACGCCGUGGUGUUCACCGCUGUCCAUCGGCUAGCUCCAGAUCGUUGGAGGAAAGCUGCCGAUUUGGGCUAGUCAGAUAGUCAUCUCAUUUGAUGGAGGCAACAAAAUGGGUUGAAUCAGAAGCGUCAAGCAAUUCAGAUGUAGAAGAUGAAGAAUCUGAAGAUGAGGAAUUAUCAUAUAUGUCAAUAACAAUUCCAAGUCUGCAAAUCAGGACUGCAAAGGUUUCAAUCGCUAGAUGGGACCCAAAACUGGGUAUGGGAGAAGUGGUACAGAAGAAGGGUGGAAUGUGGAGAACUACAGGAAUAGUCCGGGACAGCAAAGUUUAUUGCUUGAUGGAGGAAAUCAUGUACAUGGCAGAAAGAGGGGCACUUCUCCUAUUAAAUGAUGAUGCUAGUUAUCUUCACUUGAAGGACAUUUAUAACUUGGUUACACAAGGACUUCACGGUUGCUCAUGGAAAUGCUUUGAGGUUUAUAGGCAUUUAAAAGCUCUUGGAUAUGUUGUGGGUCGUCAUGGUCUUCUAUGGACUACAAAAUGCAAAGGAACAUCCUCUUUAAUUUCUUCUGCAAAUUGCGAACACCAUUUGGAAUCAGAAAACCUGAAGUCAGAAGGUGAUAGUGCCAUCCUCACAGAGCUUUUCUCUGUUUUGGAUAUAAGCAGUUGUGAUGCAUUGAAGGUGAGUUUCGAUGUUUAUUUACCAAAUAAGCAAUUCAAGAAGUCGGCUCCUGGAGACCCUGGUUUCAUGCUGUGUGUUGCAGGGGAGAUUCCUCCAACAAUUGUCCAGGUAGAGAACCUCAGAAAGCAAUCCGGAGAUAUUCCAAUUAAGUUUGCUCAUGUUGACCAUGGCCGUGUUAGCAUCUUCUCUUACAAUAAAGUUGAACUGCCAAUUCUGCCUUGAUACUUCAUACAAUCAUAUUUAUUACUUUAUUGACCAUUUGAAUUCACCUAGUUCAAAGUGAUUGGCAUGUACCAGUUGAUCAAAAGAAGCAAGAUCCUGUUGUAAACCUGAUGAAAAAUUGUAAAUCUGAAGUGCCUUUUUAUUCAAAAUGUCAAAAGAAGUUCAGGUGUAGAGUUAUUUAUUA